UGUAACGAGGCUGCGUUCUGGAAGUCUUUCCACGUGCAGGAUCGUUUGGUAAACGCAUGCAGUUUGUUUUGAUUUUAUACUCGAAAUAGUUCAUUUCAUUCAUCAUGUUGGUGCUGUUUGAAACGCCUGCAGGCUAUGCAAUCUUUAAGGUAAGUAAACGCUAUUUUUGCUUGGCAUGAUAAAGCUGUUUUCUCGUAUUACGUCGAUUGCCUCGUAAAAUGUCUGAUCUGAAGCGAAGUUUUCAUAUUUCAUAUUUCUUAGCUUCUAGAUGAGAAGAAGUUACAGAAAAUUGAUAAUUUGUAUAAAGAUUUUGAGACACCAGAUGCUGCCAGUAAAGUGUAAGUAUAUUUGGUGCAUUUUUGGGAUAGCUAAGUCGUAAAAUAGCCAUGUAAGUUACAUGUAGAAUCAACCAAGUUUAUAAAUACGUAGUUUUAAUUGUAAUCUAUUACCUUUGCCUGUUUUAAAACUAUUUUAUAAAGCAAAUCUCUUGUCAUUUAAUUUUUAUUUGCAGAGUGAAACUGAAACACUUUGAGAAAUUCAAUGAUACGACUGAAGCCUUGGCAGGUAGGUUUCAACCAUGAACUCAAGUUAAACAUUGACAGCUCGAGUCAUAGGUCAUGUGCAUGUUGUAUUCUCCUCUCUCUUAGUUUCCAUAACUGCAUAUGGCUGGCAUAGUCAAAUAACACAAGUAUAAGUGCAAGCACAAAAAAAUGGAAUGUGCUUCUGCUUGUGUCAUUGUGAUGUACGCGCAAACUGGGCUGACAUACGCAUAAGCUGCAUGCAAGGAAAAGCACAACUUAAACAUCUAUGGUUCCAUUACACCUGACUUUGUCAAUAGCCUGCAUGGCAGGCACAAAUAAGGGGAGGGGGAGGGAGGGGGGAGAAAAGAUUAAAAGGGGAAAAGGAAGAGAGGUUUCUUUUGCUCUCUCUCUAAUCCCCCUCAUUUUUUCCCUCCCUCCUGACCCCAUACCCCUUUUGACGCCUGCUCAUGUACAUAACCAUAGACACCUCUGUUGUGGAGAGUUCAAUUAUUCAACUGUGUUUUCUCAAGUAAUCCUGUCCGACGGCAUGAGAUUGCUUAUCUGAUGAGCUCAUCAGAUGAGCCAUCUAGGAUUAUUCUCUUGAAUGUGACUUAGGAUGAUUAUAAUAUUGUGUGGAAUUGCACCAUUGCAUAACCUCUGAAGCCCUUCAACAUUAAAAUACUGCCAUGUGUAUACUAAGUACUGCCUGUGAAAGGGUUGUGAAAGGUUUCAACCCAGGAGUCCUGACUGUUAACAAAAGGUCCUUUCACGCAUUCAGUCAAAUCAGGAAAUAAGUCAGAGUCUGUAACAUUGAAGCAGCUGUUGUCUUGAACGUGCAUAUGAUGCUCAGUUGUUAAAAUUUAUUAUUCUCCACACUAAGUUAAAAAAUAAAAGAAACAAUCACUUCGACUGUCCCAAAUAGUACUAUUUUGGGUUCCAGAGAAUGAGUUCAAAACCUUUCUCUUUGAAUGCAUUUAUUUGUAAUAAUUAUUAGUAUACUCCAACAGAAAUCUUGCGAAAAAGCCUUUUAAUAUUCAACAUUAUUUGUAAACUUCCGUAAUAUUGAUUAGUUUAAUUUUCCACCUGAUAUUAUUUUGUAUCCGUCGCCAUAAUUUUUAUGCCAUCUUCGAAAAAUUGUAAUUGAGGAGGCCUAAUUAACAUAAGCUCUAUAGUUUCCUUUAGGCAUCCUCGCCAUUUCUUCCCACAUUUUUUUUUGGCAUUUCUUUGUAAUUAUUGUAAUCGUGUGGCAAAUAAAUAAAUACAAUACAAUACAAUACAAUGAUGUCUGUAUUACUCUCACCUUACCCUCAGCUGCCACAGCUACAGUGGAAGGGAAAAUGAGUAAAAGCCUGAAGAAGGUGUUGAAGAAAAUUGUUGCUAAGGAUAUUCACCAAGAAUUGGCUGUCGCUGAUGCAAAAUUGGGAGGUGUGAUCAAGGUGAGUCAAUCAGCAGAGAUGAAAGUGCAAAACUAAUUUUACAAAAUAACGCAAUAUGUUAGUCUGCUAUAACCACCAAUGCUGGGGUGUUUGUUGGCAUCGUGGAAAGUGUUCUUGGUUCAAUUUGUGUUGUGGUGUGGGUAUAUGUAGUUGUUUGUAUUGCGUUAUGUAGUGAUGGCAGCUGUCUGCAACACCAAAAACUACUCAAUGCUAUGAAUGAGUACUGGCCUUUUCCUUAGCUAUUUGACAGAGGGUACAUGCCCUUUGUUACAUUCCUCAGGGACCUAAACUAAUCUUAACAAAAUCUGGGCUACCAAAAAAUCAAUAAUUUUAAUACCUUUUAGGUCAGUUACAAGUACUUUUAAAAGAGUUUUUAUGAUGAACAUUAACUCUGCCAAAACAGUAUGUAUAAGUCAAUGUAACCCUUAAAUGUUUUCGUGAUUUAUCAGGAGAAGCUUAGCUUGAAUUGUGUAUCAAGUUCAGCGGUACAGGAACUCAUGCGAGGUAUCAGACUCCAGCUGAACAGUCUUAUCACAGGUAAUCACAGGACAAUACCAACUAUGUAUUAGUCUUCGUCCUUCAAAUGAGUUAACCCAUUUGCUCCUGAACCAUCCAUAACUGGCAGUGUGGAUCCAUGAUCACUGUACCUUUUGUGAUGUCAUCGGUUUUAAUGGUCAGGGACAACUUUGCCAUCUUACCUGUACUUGUGCAGGGGGGAGAGAUCUUUCAAAACAUGCCAGAAUGAGCACAUUUCAGUCAAAGAGGCUAUAAGAUGGCAAAAAGCUUGUACAUGUAAAAUUGACCCCACAACUCCAAUGAAAACCUGUCCAUUACCAACCUGCACUUGUGUCUUUUUAAUCCUACAAAUACUAAAAGCUUUGCCAAAAAGUUUUCCUACCAAAAUGAAGCCUAGUGAAAAAAAAUGGGGCAAGAAAAGUGAGUGAAGGGGGGAGGAGAGAAAGGAACAGGUAAAUGCAGUUGUGUCACUUUUAAACCCAAACACUAUCUCGAAAUUUUGAUAUUUGUGCAUGUCCAAACUUCAGAAGCUGACAUUUUGCAUCUGGAACAGAGGGGCCCAUGAAGUGCUUGACUGACAUACAGGGUUUUGGGCAGUAUUGGUUCUUUAUGACCAGACAGUUGGUUGAAAAUGGCUCAACUAGCUUCAAAAGGCAUUUUUCGCAAAAUUCCCAGAAACUUACGGUUAAUAUUCAAAGGGGAGAAAUUUUCAUCAAAAAUGGAAAUCUCCUGGCAGGACAGGAAGACUUAAAUUGGCUGGUCUGAACGGGGAGCUCCAAAAUCUUAAGGGUGCAUCAUUAGUAUUAUUUAUUCUGUUUUAAUUGGUUUUUAUUAAUUUUCUGAUAACCAGUGACAGGGAUAAAAGUGGUUACAAAUUUCUCUUUCAUUCUUUUGUAUUUCUAGGUCUCCCUGAUAAAGAAAUGAGUGCAAUGGCAUUAGGCCUGGCACACAGGUAUGCACCCUAAUCACACGCAGAACAUAUCACCAAUUCUUGAAAUGUUAUGUAAGGAAGCUACUGGUAUUAUUUUGAAAACUGUUUAUUUUACAUCCUAAAGCCUAUAACAUACAUGUAUAAGAAAAAAUCCUUGGAGUUUUACAGUUGACUCUCUUUUCAUGGACACCUCCUCAUACACCUCAAUAAAACAGACUCCUAGAGUUGGUCCCUGCCUUUUUUUACCCCCCUCAUUUGAAUCUAUAAGACGGACAUCACUCUUAGACAAACACUUGGUGCCAGCCCCAAAGGUGUCCAGCUAAGAGAGAGUUGACUGUGUAAUUAUUAUUGUCAACUUUUCUUCACUUCUUAACCCUUUAAGCCCCAACAUCAACAUGCAUCUUCUCCACACUGUUCUUCAUACAUUCCUUUUGGUACUGCUGGAGAGAAUUUGUUCUAACAUCACAACAUUUCAUCUUUAGUGAUAAUUUCAUUAAUUCUCAUAACCUGUCUGUUUGAUCAGGCAGUGUUAUUGUUAGGAGAAAUUAGAUGCUGGUCACUAUUAUAUUGGGGCUUAAAGGGUUAAAGAGACCAAAAAAAACAUUUGCAAAAGUACUUUGGAAAAUUCCUUCCAAAAGGGGCCAUUUGAAUGGUUAUAAUACCAUAGGAUUUCACACACAGAUUUAAAGGUUAGAUUGACAAAUAAUCCUACAUAACUUGGUCCAGAAAUGAAAGGGUCUGGAUGCCAUUUAUACAAAGGUUCUGUGAUUAUAUAUCCUUCUUCCUCAAUCAGGUUUUCACCACAAGAUUACAAACACUCUAAAUGACCGAUUUGAAGAGAUGAUUACAAUAUAUAUCCUAGACUGGUCUAUAGUUGCAGUGAUUUUGUUACAAAUAGUUAUGGUGAGUCCUCUGCAGGGACUUAUCAUGUGAAUAAACAGUGAGUCGCACUCCAGAACCAUUGAGUUCAAGUUCAAAACACAACAAGUCCCUAUAAUUGAAGAUGCUUGGGCCUUUAUGUGACCAGACAGAUAAAAGAUAAUUCUUUUGUAAAGCACAACAAAGACUAAAAGAAAUAUGCAUCGUUAAACAACAGCCACAGAAAUCACACAAGCAGGGUAAUCUGCUAAAACAUCUUCAGAUCGAUUGAUCCAUCGAUCUUUGUGUCCUACAGGAUGCAUGCCAUGACCUUUUGUGCAUCUUUGGAGAUGUUUUUGCGUCAGGGACGCAGGACACAGAGGUAACAAAAUCACUGUAAUUGGUUAAUUAAAUGUUGUUCGUUUUAGCUUGUCACGCUACAAACUCAAGUUCAGCCCAGAUAAGGUUGACACCAUGAUUGUGCAGGCCAUUUCUCUUCUUGAUGACCUAGACAAAGAGCUUAAUAACUACAUCAUGCGUUGUCGUGAGUGGUAUGGCUGGCAUUUCCCAGAGAUGGGCAAGAUAGUCACUGAUAAUUUGGCUUAUGCCAAGACUGUCAAGGCAAUGGGUAAGUAAAAAGGUCAGAAAAGCUAGAAUCUGUAAUGUUUCGAUCUUUUUUCUGUUUAAGAUCUGGGGAUAGUUUUUUUGGCAAUAUUCAUGAGCCAGAACAUAUGCCACAUUUUUGUAUGAAUUAAGUUGCAACCAGACAUGAGCCAUGACCAAUGAGGUCCACAUCAUGCCGGUCAGGCUCAAGAUUCAACCCUCCUCUUGUAACCUGAAAUAAGCACCCAGGAGUAUUCCUACUUCUCAGCCUCCUAGAUGAGAUGCUUGUCAAUCGCAGGUUUUCCCCCCAGCCCAGCAGUAUCUGAUUUACGUCCCAUUAAUACAUCUGGGUUAAGAGAAACAAAAUGAGACAGGGUUUCUUGUCUAAGGAAACAAAGCAAUUGCAAGUCAUCAGCAUGCAAAGAAAGUUAAUGUUGUGUCUGAUAGCUUGUAGUACGUUAGUGGAUAUUGCUAUUGGGCUAAGAAAUUUUGUCCCUAUUGCCGGACAGGCAAGUAAAGUUUUUUGGGAAUUCAAAUUACGGAAGAACUGUAAUCAAUCCUGCUCAACAAAAACUUUUUUCAGGCAUGUUGAAAUGACUUUUGGGCUAGUACGUGAUAUCUAAACUUUGCCCUAAUAUGGCAAGCUGGGCCAGGCUAUCAGCAGUUGCAAGUGUCAUUUCCAUUUUGGAAAAGAACAGAAUAAAUUAUCAUCCAGCAGGAUUUGUGAUUACCAGCUGUGCUUGGUUUUCUUCUGUCUAGGUACCCGAACAAAUGCUGAACAAACAGAUUUGUCUGAAAUUCUUCCUGAGGAUGUGGAGGAGCAAGUGAAAGCUGCUGCAGAAAUUUCCAUGGGAACAGAGGUAACAUUUUAUUUCUGUGGCAAUGAUUUAUCCUUUUGAUUGUAAAAUAAAAAAGUGUUCAACCAAAAAAAAGAAGAUAGUUCGACUAGUUUUAUGUUUAAUUGCCAUUUUGAACUAUCUCAAUAGUAUCAUUUGGUUAUGAGACCAGUAAUAAAAUUUCUAUAUGAUAUUAAUAUUGUUCUGAUAUGUCUUUUCCUAUUUCAACUCACGGCACCAUAAAGCACUCAGAACGAGUAGGUUAAUUAUAUAUUUAAUUAGCUAACAAAAGAGUACAUGAAUGACCCAAACAGUGUUACUAGCCCUAAAAACAAUGGAAGGCCAGUGAAAAUGGAGAUUUCAUAGCUCCAGCUACAUCUGUCUGGCUGAAUAACUUUUUUCAAUUUACGUUUUUCUUUCCGUCUGUUUUAGAUUUCAGAUGAAGACAUUAACAACAUUAUCUACCUUUGUGAUCAGGUAAUUUAUGUCAUGAAAUUUGGCCAAUUUUUGCAUUGGUGAAUGAAUGAAGGUACUUCCUUUGCCCUACAGACGGCUAGUCCUUCGCGUGGCUCGGGUGGCCACGUAAAAUGGCGGUCCCAUCUCCACAAGUACUUUCGUGCUAAAUAAAUUGACACUCAAGUAAAGUGCCAUUUUGUUGGUUUGGUCAAAAUGUGUAACCUAUGGCAUGUCUUUGCGUGAAUAAAUGUCCGCUAAAGCCUCAAUCUUCCCUGUUUUUAGGUGAUUGAAAUCACUGAUUAUCGAGCACAACUUUAUGAUUACCUCAAGAAUCGUAUGACAGCUAUUGCUCCAAACUUGACAGUUUUAGUUGGUGAACUUGUGGGAGCUCGACUUAUCGCCCAUGCAGGUAAGUUCUCAUGCCAUUUAAGUCCUAAGAAUGACCAACAAAAAUUUUCUCCUAAAAAUAUCAAAAUAUGAACAAUAGAAAAAGUUAUGAGAAUUAGUUAGUUGACCACUCAGGGGAACAUACUUUGAUCUGUUAACAGAUUCUCUUAACCAAUAUGAAACAGUCACGUCAACCUGUUUUUUAAUGGGACGCGAGUGCCACUAAGCCUAGCCUUCGAAAACAUCCGUUUCUCCUCGCUCUUCGUCGAUGGGGACGUUUCGCGCGGAGGAACGAAACGUCCCCGGCGGCGAAGAGCGAGGAGAAACGGAUGUUUUCGCAGGUUACACUAAGCCCCGUGCUUCCUUUGCCACAUCAAAUGGGCAUUUGCAAGGGUCUCCUGACCUAAAAAUAUGAUUCAACCGAUCUUGCUCUACGGGUCUGAAAAAUGAAAAUGAACCUCACGCCAACAGCAGGGCUUAGACAGAAAAUAUAGUAACUUACUCCGACAUGUCUAAAAUAUGCACUGGUCAGAGCACGCGUCGUGUGAGCGGAUUUAUGGCAAACUACCACCAUUACCCCAAAAGCUGACAAACUGCCGUCUCCAAUUUAGUGCUCAAACUUCAACUGCACUGCAGCGGAAGUCUCAGAAGCGAAUUUCAAGACAAGCGCUCGUUUGUUUACCUUUUAUCGGCGGAAAUAGUUUUUCGCCUACGGCCGACAACCAAACGUUUUCCGUUUUCGUUUCAAAAGUGCAGAAUGAGCAGGGAAUUUUGUCGUUCGUUCACAGGAAGUUAUCCUGAGAAUCAUAAGUUUUAGGCGCCCGUUCGGGCUCCUUGUUUGAAAUUUUGGGCGCCCGCGGGCUAAUCGUAAGCGCCUCUGGCGCGGACCGGGCAGCCUUGCGGAAUAGAACGCUUGGAGUAAGAUCAUUUCUCAGAGCUUCGCGACCAACAGGGUCAAAUGAUGGUGACGAUGAAGAUGAUAAGGACCAAUUUAUAGUGAUUUCGUGGUAGAAAAUGAAGCGUUUCCUUUAUCUUUGUGAAGUUGUUUCAAGACAUUAUGUAGGUUUUUUUAAUGGAGAAUUUUGCCUAUAACCCUAAAAAACAUGUAUUGCUGUUGGUAUUUUUUGCCUUUAUGGUGGAUUUUCCUUUACUUGAAAUCCCCUCUGUUACACAACUAAAGUGAGUUGUGUUUUUUCCCACAGGGUCUCUGCUGAAUUUAGCCAAGCAUCCAUCAUCAACAGUUCAGAUACUGGGAGCAGAAAAGGCCUUAUUCAGGUUUGUAAACACAAAACGAAUACUGUUAAAGUUUAGGACGGAGCGGUACUGAAGUUGUUUUUGCAUUGAACUAGCCACCACAGUGGCUCCUGCAGAAAGGCUACGAUUCAAUCUUUAAAAUACAUUUGCAGGGCUGCCAUUAAGAGUCGGUAGCCGGGGAUUUCCCCCAGCUACUAUAAAUUUGGCCCCCUAGAACCAAAAGAAAUCCCUAGCUGUUUGAUUCCCUGCCUACUUGUUAUAUUUAACCGGUAACUUGAAAUCUUAUUGACAACCUGUCAGUUGAAUAACUCCUUUCGUUCUCCUCUAUAAUGUAGAUACAGGCACCACUUACUUUCAUACAAACCCUAUCUCUAUGAUAGGCAGCUAGGGACGACGACGACAACGAAAACGUCAAGAAUACAACCAAACAAACAAAAGCCCCGUGCUAAAGGACGCAGCAAUGUUACAUGAGUUGUUGCGUCCAUUUGCGCGUAGCUUUAUGAGCAAAACAACAGCACUGCACGUGCAGCACACCUUUUGGUACAUUUCUUUGACGUCCACUGCAAGCCUCUUGAUGCAACAUUAGGGAACUUUAGGAACGACGACGGCGACUGUAGCGAGAAUGACAAAGAAAUAAUAACUUUAUUAAGCAAAACAAAAACUUUGCACGUGGAUCACGCUUUUUUGUACAUUUCUUUGCUGUCACUGCACGACUGCGACGCGAAAAUGCCCAGUUUAACGUUUUUUUGGAGGACGUAAGCAAGCGAUGGCGAAUUUUUCUUCCUCCUUCGAAACUUGAGUGCAGUCCCCAAGAAAUCAACUCCAGGAAAUUCGCCUACAUUUGACAUUUUCAGCGAAUUAAAAGAAACGCCACAAAGUUGCCGACUUGACAGAUUUUGCCGAUAUAUCGGGUAAUCGUCAGGCCCAGGGGCCUGUUUCUCGAAAGUCUCGAUAACGUUUCGGCCCGAAAAGCUGUUUUACGUUUGCCGUGUUUGCUUUCAAGAUCAAAGUUUCAAUAAUUUUGAAAAUGAUACAAUGAAAUUAUCAGUUAACGGAGCAAAAUUGACUGGUUUGUGGUUGGUGAGCUAGGAACUUUGCUACUAUUCAGCUGGUUUUGAUUUCAAAAUUUGCUUUCGGACCCGAAAAGUUAUCGGGCCUUUCAAGAAACGGGCCCCAGGUUGUUCGGAUUGGUGUUUUUGGAUUUCGUGGCCCCACGAAAAGCUGUAUGGUAUGAACAUAGCCUUAAGGUUCCUAUUGUAAGGUUUGGCUGUACGGAAAUCUAAAGAAUGUGCUAAUUUAAUGCGUUUGAAACAGGGCUCAUGCAAGUGUCAUUUCCAUUUUGGAAAAGAACAGAAUAAAUUAUCAUCCAGCAGGAUUUGUGAUUACCAGCUGUGCUUGGUUUUCUUCUGUCUAGGUACCCGAACAAAUGCUGAACAAACAGAUUUGUCUGAGAUUCUUCCUGAGGAUGUGGAGGAGCAAGUGAAAGCUGCUGCAGAAAUUUCCAUGGGGACAGAGGUAACAUUUUAUUUCUGUGGCAAUGAUUUAUCCUUUGAUUAUAGAAUAAAUAAGUGUUCAACCAAAAAAAAAAAAGAAGAUCUUUCAACUAGUUUCAUGUUUAAUUGCCAUUUUGAACCGUCUCAAUAGUAUCAUGUGGUUAUGAGACCAGUAAUUUACUAGCGAUCACAAAAAAAUUUCUAUAUGAUAUUAAUAUUGUUCUGAUAUGUCUUUUCCUAUUUCAACUCACGGCACCAUAAAGCACUCAGAACGAGUUAUUUAAUUAUAUAUUUAAUUAGCUAACAAAAGAUUAGAUGAAUGACCCGUUAAUUGUUGCUAGCCGUAAAAACAUUAAUUGGCAGGCCAGUGAAAAUGGAGAUUUCAUAGCUCCAGCUACACCUGCCUGGUUGAAUAACUUUUUUCAAUUUAUGUUUUUCUUUCCGUCUGUUUUAGAUUUCAGAUGAAGACAUUAACAACAUUAUCUACCUUUGUGAACAGGUAAUUUAUGUCAUGAAAUUUGGCCAUUUAUGCAUUGGUGAAUGAAUGAAGGUAGUUCCUUUGCCCUACAAACGGCUAGUCCUUCGCGUGGCUGGGGUGACCACGUAAAAUGGCGGUCCCAUCUCCACAAGUACUUUCGUGCUAAAUAAAUUGACACUCAAAUAAAGUGUCAUUUUGUUGGUUUGGUCAAAAUGAGUAACCUGUGGCAUGUCUUUGCGUGAAUAAAUGUCCGCUAAAGCCUCAAUCUUUCCUGUUUUUAGGUGAUUGAAAUCACUGAUUAUCGAGCACAGCUUUAUGAUUACCUCAAGAAUCGUAUGACAGCCAUUGCUCCAAAUUUGACAGUUUUAGUUGGUGAACUUGUGGGAGCUCGACUUAUCGCCCAUGCAGGUAAGUUCUGAUACCAUUUAAGUCCUAAGAAUGACCAACAAAAAUUUUCUCCUAAAAAUAUCAAAAUAUGAACAAUAGAAAAAGUUAUGAGAAUUAGUUAGUUGACCACUCAGGGGAACAUACUUUGAUCUGUUAACAGAUUCUCUUAACCAAUAUGAAACAGUCACCUCAACCUGUCUUUUAAUGGGACGCGAGUGUCACUAAGCUUAGCCUUCGAAAACAUCCGUUUCUCCUCGCUCUUCGUCGAUGGGGACGUUUCGCGCGGAGGAACGAAACGUCCCCGGCGGCGAAGAGCGAGGAGAAACGGAUGUUUUCGCAGGCUACACUAAGCCCCGUGCUUCCUUUGCCACAUCAAAUGGGCAUUUGCAAGGGUCUCCUGACCUAAAAAUAUGAUUAAACCGAUCUUGCUCUACGGGGUGAAAAAUGAAAAUGAACCUCACGCCAACAGCAGGGCUUAGACAGAACAUAUACUAACUUACUCCGACAUGUCCAAAAUAUGCACUGGUCAGAGCACGCGUCGCGUGAGCAGAUUUAUGGCAAACUACCACCAGAAAUAGUUUUUCGCCUACGGCCGACAACCAAACGUUUUCCGUUUUCGUUUCAAAAGUGCAGAAUGAGCAGGGAAUUUUGUCGUUCGUUCACAGGAAGUUAUCCUGAGAAUCAUAAGUUUUAGGCGCCCGUUCGGGCUCCUUGUUUGAAAUUUUGGGCGCCCGCGGGCUAAUCGUAAGCGCCUCUGGCGCGGACCGGGCAGCCUUGCGGACCAGAAUGCUUGGAGUAAGAUCAUUUCUCAGAGCUUCCCGACCAAUAGGGUCAAAUGAUGGUGACGAUGAAGAUGAUAAGGACCAAUUUAUAGCGAUUUCGUUGUAGAAAAUGGAGCGUUUCAUUUACCUUUGUGAAGGUGUUUCAAGACAUUAUGUAGGUUUUUUUAACGGAGAAUUUUGCCUAUAACUCUAAAAAACAUGUAUUGCUGUUGGUAUUUUUUGCCUUGUUGGUGGAUUUUGCUUUACUUGAAAUCCCCUCUGUUACACAACUGAAGUGAGUUGUGUUUUUUCUCACAGGGUCUCUGCUGAAUUUAGCCAAGCACCCAUCAUCAACAGUUCAGAUACUGGGAGCAGAAAAGGCCUUAUUCAGGUUUGUAAAAUAGUGUUUGAUUUCAACACAAAACGAAUACUGUUAAAGUUUAGGACGGAGCGGUACUUACGUUGUUUUUGCAUUGAACUAGCCACCGCAGUGGCUCCAGCAGAAAGGCUACGAUGCAAUAUUAAAAAUGCAGUUGCAGGGCUGCCAUUAAGAGCCGGUAGCCGGGGAUUUCCCCCAGCUAUCAUGAAUGUGGCCCCCGGCUACUUUCAUUGGAAAAUAGAAGAAAAAUAGAACCCAAAGAAAUCCCUAGCUGUUUGAUUCCCUGCCUACUUGUUAUGUUUACCCGGUAACGUGAAAUCUUGGUGACAACCCUGCAGUUGAGUAACUCCUUUUGCUCUCCUCUAUAAUACAGAUACAGGCACCACUUGUUUUCAUACAAACCCUGUCUCUAUUAUAGGCAGCUAGGGACGACGACGACAACGAAAACGUCAAGAAUACAAACAAACAAACAAAAGCCCCGUGCAAACCGACGCAGCAAUGUUACAUGAGUUGUUGCGUCCAUUUGCGCGUAGCUUUAUGAGCAAAACAACAGCACUGCACGUGCAACACACCUUUUGGUACAUUUCUUUGACGUCCACUGCAAACCUGAUGCAACAUUAGGGAACUUUAGGAACGACGACGGCGACUGUAGCGAGAAUGACAAAAAAAAAACUUUAUUAAGCAAAACAAAAACUUUUCUACGAGGAUCACGCUUUUUUGUACAUUUCUUUUGCCGUCACUGCACGACUGCGACGCGAAAAUGCCUAAUUUAACGUUUUAUGGAGGACGUAAACAAGCGACGACGAAUUUUUCCUCCUACUACUAAACUUAAGUGCGGUCCCCAAGGAAUCAACUCUAGGAAAUUCGCCUACAUUUGACAUUUUCAGCGAAUUAAAAGAAACGCCACAAAGUUGCCGACUUGACAGAUUUUGCCGAUAUAUCGGGUAAUCGUCAGGCUGACUCACUCAGGCCCAGGGGCCUGUUUCUCGAAAGUCUCGAUAACGUUUCGGCCCGAAAAGCUGUUUUACGUUUGCCGUGUUUGCAUUCAAGAUCAAAGUUCGAUAAUUUUGAAAAUGAUACAAUGAAAUUAUCAGUUAACGAAGCAAAAUUGACUGGUUUGUGAGCUAGGAACUUUGCUACUAUUCAACUGGUUUUGAUUUCAAAAUUUGCUUUCAGACCCGAAAAGUUAUCGGGCCUUUCGAGAAACGGGCCCCAGGUUGUUCGGAAUGGUGUUUUUGGAUUUCGUGGCCCCACGAAAAGCUGUAUGGUAUGAACAUAGCCUUAAGGUUCCUAUUGUAAGGUUUGGCUGUACGGAAAUCUAAAGAAUGUGCUAAUUUAAUGCGUUUGAAACAGGGCUCUCAAGACUAAACAUGACACCCCCAAGUAUGGCUUGAUAUUCCAUGCAUCUCUUGUUGGACAAAGUGCACCCAAGCAUAAAGGCAAGGUAUGUAUGCAUUAGUAGUAGUAGUAGUAGUAGUAGUAAAAAGUAGUAGGAGUAGUAAAAUAAUAAAUAUCAUAAUCUUCGUAGAUUAGUUUGUCAUUAACAGCGAGUUGUUUAAUAUUACUUUAAAUGGUGAAUGUUUUUGAUAAUCUGUACUUAAACUUUUAGAACUCACAGAUAUGAUAACAGAUUUUUUUUCCCGAAAAUAUUUUCAACUUACGAGCUAUGUUUUUCAGCCUGUUUGCAGUGGAUGUUUACCAAAUUUCGCGUCUUAUUAUGUUAAAAGACCAUUGGUUUGUGUAGUGGUAUUUAUCAAUGUGGUGUAUUUGGAACUUUAUUUACAGAGGUCUCAGGCCUGCCAGUCAACAUGUGAUUAGUAAACUUUCUAGAGAAUUGUUCUAACUUUCCAUAUACCUUGAAUUUUCAAUUUGUGAAAAAUUUACAGAUCUCUCGAAUGCUUGCCGCGAAAACGUCUCUCGCUGCGCGAGUAGAUGCCCUUGGUGAAGACGCUGACACAGCUAUGGGUAUUGAAAACAGAGCCAAGCUUGAAAUGAGGUUGAAGUCACUAGAGGAGAAUCAGGUUUGAAUCUCUACUUGAGUUUGUAGGUUUAUUAGUCUGUCUUUUAAAGUGUGGAAGGCCAAAAACUCUGACGUCAUGGACUAGUGUUCAUCCGUGACUUGCUUACAAGCUUUUAAAUGGCGGGAAUUUGUUCGAAAAAAUUGACUGGUAAUAAAAUCGUUUCUCCAGCUAUUCGUUUUCAGUGGCUUACUCGGGUCGGUAUAAAUUAAUGCGAUACCGCUAGUAUGGUCGUAGCGCUUUUGAUGGGUUCUUAUUAACAUGAAAACGCAGGUUUCCCGAAAUCACUUUGUUGCCAUGGCGGAUCUGUUCUGGUCAGUGCAUUUUGGGUAAGGCUCGUCCCCGGUUUGCACUUGAAGCAGAUAUUCAUUAUCCAUUCUUGUUAAACCUUCGACCAAACGUUCCUUUUUUCGGGAGAGCGCGAAAGUUGACCGACGGGAGAAGGGGUAAAAGAGGAACUUCCUUUGUCCCCCUCGCUACCCAAAGAAGAAAAGAAGAGAGACUGCCUGAUUGUAGGUUAAUUUUUGCUCAGUCGAUCGGUCAUACUCACCUUCGCAAGGGAGUUUGGUCUCUUUUCUGCCACGUCCUUUCUUUCGCUCAACGUCGGACAUCGAUCACAGAUGGGGAUAACACCGGUUGAGCGUUCCUUGUUGUAACAAUUUCUGUUCUUGUGUUUUGAAGCUGCGAAGAAUCAGUGGAACAGGCAAAGCUAAAGCGAGAGUGGACAAAUACGAGAACAAAAGGUACUCAUCUCUAACAUUCUGAACUAAAACCACACGCCUCUUCCCCUGCGCGCCCGCAUCCGAUGAACAAGGCUGAUGCUUGCGAGGAGAACCUCACACAAACCACCGCAUUUUGUGGACUGGACACCUGUUACCAGACCUCCAAGGUUGUCGCGCGGGCGAGCAUAUUAGAGAGCUUAAGAUUUGAGGACGAGAGCAAGUACGAGUACGAGAUUUAACUGAAAGUUUUUGCACGUGUUCUUAAAAAAUAGACACCCCGGAAAGCUUUAUUUUACCUUUUCACCAAAAAUAGUACGGUUAUUUAUACUCGAGGAGGUUAAGCCCUGACAGGGGCGGAUCUAGGGGGAGGUUGCAGGGGGUGCGCCCCCCCCCCAAGAUGACCUGCGGUUUUCUAAUACAACUGAUAUUCUGCCAAAAAAAAAAAAAACUAUGUGGUUUAUUGGUGUUGAAGUAGAGCAAGAGACGAGUACACCCCCUCCUAAAAAAAAUCCUGGAUCCGCCCCUGUCCUGAUAGCAAAAUGAUAAAACUUCUUACAUUUGAUAACUUGUUCCCGCCACUGCGACAUUCUCGCUAAAACUCGUAGUAGAAUGACGCCAGCUAUCACGUUUUCUCGCCAAAAUGACGCUGGUUCACGCGUGAACAAUACUCAGUAUUGAGAAAAUGUCGUACUCGUAGUUGUCCUCGACCUCGAAUCUAAAGCUUUCUAUUAGAGACCUUUAGAUUCGAGAACGACUACGGCUACGAGAUUUGACUUGAAGUGUUUUCUUGUCUUCUCAAAAUAUAGACUUCCCGGAAAGCUUCAUUUUAAUAUUUUUCACUGGAAAAGUUAGUAUUGUUAUCUUUAGUGAAGGAAGUUACGACACCACGACAUUCGUGCAAAAGCUCGCAGUAGAAUGACGACGGCUACCACGUUUUCCCGCCAAGAUGACGCUGGCUCACGCGCCUACACUACUUAGGACUGAGAAAAUCUCGUACUCGUAGUCGUACUCGUCUGAGAAUCUAAAGGUCUCUGUUUCUACCCUGGGUACCAAAGAUUUUUUCUCUUUAAAAAAAUUGACCGAAACUUGAAACCGCGCAUGAAAAGGCUCUGAAACCCAAGGUAGCAUAUUUCAAGCGCGCAACUGGUUCAAAGUGGUGAGAGGGCAGCGCCUCUUUCCAGGUGCCCCGUUGCUCGUAAGUCCCGAUAAUUCUCGGGCCAUAAAAGCUGUUGUUCUUUACGUUCAGGGUCGAGGUUUCAAUAGUUGUUCAGAUAAUAUGAUGAACUUCCAGUUAACAGAACACCUGGACUGCUACUAUAGUUAGGACCAGCGUUCUAUUUCUUUACAUUUUGAUUUGAAUAUUUGGUUUCGUGCCCGAAAAGUUAAAAGUUACCCGAACUUUUGCGACUUUGUUCGAAGGAAUUGGGGAAAUAUCUAUUUAUUGCAAUUACUCCAGAAAAAGAAAGCUCUUGGCUUGAGCUCCCCUCACCCUCACCCCCACCCCCCAAAGGAAAAGACAUAAAAGAAGAGCCAAGCGUAAUGCGUUUUCCUUACCAGUAGCACUGUCGUUUCUUUUCCUUAGCGAGGUGAAGACGUACAAUCCUGCUGCGGACUCAACGAUUGAAACGCCUGGAAAGAAACGAAAGAGAAGCGAGCAAAAUGGAGAUUCGACGCCAGCUCCAAGUGUUCCGGAUACACCAGUCACCCCUGCCACUGAGGAAGGUCUGUGUACAAUAAUAAAGCAAUGCCGUCCCCAGAGUCGCAAUCCUUUUGGCCAGCGGCACGGAUCGCCCUAGCUGGGAGCAGAAUAUCGCGCAAGCGCAGUAGUUUGACAUUUUCUUACCGGUGUUUGACAUGUCCGAGACUGCAAAGAAAGCCGGAAGUCUAUGAUUUGAGACUUCCGGCUUCGGAUCAGCGAGAGCUUUUGAUCCAUGGUGCUGGGCAAAAGGAUCGCAGUAACUGUUAGGACGGGAAUGACAAUAAGCGAGCUUCGCAGUCAUGCGUAGCCGGAGAAAACAGUCGACAUUUCCCGACGUCUGACAAACCAGCGCAGAAAUCAUGCUGAUGAGAUGUGGGUAGUGCUUCUGAUUGGUCGUGCUGCGUGGGAAAUUUGCCUCAGAGGUCAUUUCGCGGGGAAGCCAGUGGUGGCGUCGCGAAAACUCAGCUGUUUACUCAGGCUAUCAUGCGCAGAACUCAAACAUCUGCAUUUUUGUAGGCCUAGAUACAAAUGUCUUGAAAAAACAACCGUAAUUUGUUCACGGAAAUUCUGAAAUUCUUCAUGAAAUUUCGUGGGUUUCGGCUUUGUUUUGAGUUUGCUUUCUCGCGUUUGGAUGGGUGGACAUAAGAAAUGUGGAAAUGGUUUCUUAUUGCAGAUGAUGGGGAAACGCCUGCUAAAAAACACAAAAAAGAAAAGAAGAAGAAGAAAGAAAAGGAAGCCACAAAACAGUCUGACGAACACGACGAAGAGCAAAUGGAAACAUCAGCAACUGUGGUGAGAACACUUACCUGCGCUGUUGUUUAGUCGAUUCUCUUCAUUUUUGGUAACCUGCGAUCAGGCGAAUUUUGUUUUUUGGCGGGGGAAAAAGAAAUACGCCGUAUUUUUUUCCCCCGCCAAAAAAAAAAAAAAAUGGCCUGAUCGCAGGUUACAUUUUUGGUGCAUCAGUGUGUUUAGUAUUCCAGCUAUAUAUACCCUUCAUCACCAUUUUCACUUAGACCAUAAUGAACCUUGUUUAUCCCUCCCCACCCCCCACCCCCCCGGCGCAAAAAAAUUAAUUAAAUUAAAUUAUAAAUUUCAUAACCAUUCUCUUCGAUUUCUCUUGGGACGACUGCAAUACUCAGGAGAAAUUGGAAACGAUGGUUAUGCAAGAUUUUUGAGGGUAAAGAAGGAGCAUUAUGGUCUAUGUAGAAAUGGUGAACGCAGAAGACGCUAGAAACGUCACGUUUUAAUCUCGUAUCGAGAUCUCUUGUGGACGAAGACGGCUGCGUUGACAAGAGGUCUGGGUACGAGAUUGGCAACGUUUGUCAGUCGAUCUCUCUCGUAGAAGGAAAAGCGAAUGCAGUUUUCAUAGCCACAACUGUUUCAGUAAACUUUCUCAGAUUUAAAGGUGACAGUAAUCCUUUGUCUUAAAUGUGCGGUUGUCAGUGCCAUAGAAUGGAAGAAACGGUCACAAAAGUUUACCUUUGUGAUUAUUGCUGUAUGGCAUGUUUGGGUACAUUUUCGCGACAUCGCCCUUAUUUAUAAAUGGUGUCUUCGCGAGGGUUUUCCGACAGUCGAAUCCUUCGAAAGCAGCCACUCGAAAUGCGAAGCUGAUUUACGGGUCGCUUACGGCAAGCUGGUCAUAAUGGGUCUCUACCGGGUAGAGGUCUCGACACAUCUUCUUUUCUUAGUUACGAUAUGUGCAGUUUCGUUGCCAUCACCAAAAAGUUCUUUGUAUGAUCUCAGAAGCGUAGUACAUACAGCGAAAAUAGAGAUGAUCAGAGCAUGCGUCAAGUGGUCGCUUACAGGAAGUUGAAAACAAUGGAAAGUUGAAAAACCGUUACGCCCAAAAGUGGUCGCCGUCGCUUAAGACAGGUGAUCUUUUUACCAGGAGAGGUUCCAACUGACUUUGACUGGAAAAACCGUUGGUGUUUUGUUUAGGUGGUCGCACAUGGAGGUUCAACUGAAGCUGUAUUAUAGUAGCGAAACGAUUCAAGAGAAAAAAAUGUUUUUUCGUUAACUGUUGUCGAAUUCACUCGCGGUGCUUUUUACCUACACUCCUCUAACUCGUUGAUUAUAACUGACUUUACUACGUAAAUAAUGAGAAAAAAACACUGGAUUCGAUUGAAAAUAUAUCAAUUUAUUGUGUAACCUGAGAUCAGGCUCUAUUUUCGUUUCGCUUUGAAAAUUACGGUACCCGUCAGAUAGAAUGUACGACAACCGCUAAAAUUGGGCCUGAUCUCAGGUUAUUUAUUGUGAAGCAAGUAAAUAAUUUUGUUUUGUUUGUUUUUUGACAGACUCCGAAAAGCGAAGAAAAAAAGAAAAAGAAAAAGAAGAAGAAGGAAAAGAAAGAGGAAGAUUCUGACUAA